AGCUUUGCCUUCAAUACCAAUUGAAUAAUUCAAUUUAAACCUUCCCUUACAAUAUUUGUUUAAAUGAGCACGGUGUUUGGUUGAUCAGUUUGGCAAAUUAAUUAACUCCGUUUCAAUUGAUAAUGCACACCAUUUACGUGCACAAUGAAAAAGAAAACAUUUUUCAGUACUUUAUCGGGGUGCUGUUUGGGUUGCUACUGGGCACUUGUAUCGUGACUGCAUUACCGUCCAGAGGCACAUACCACAAUGGAUUUCGUUCCCCGUUUAGUGGGAGUUGGUUUUGUGUUGCUGUUUGCACUUGCCGUCGAUACGUCGGCAGAUUCGAAUUACGAAAAAGAGCUUGAGAGCGUGAAGCUGUACUUCUACUCACCAUCAAUGGAGCAUGAGCAAGAGGCGGAAUUGUUUGAACCGACACCAACCACCGACCUACGCAGACAGCUGAAGGUGUUAAUCCACGGGUGGAUAUCCGAUCGGGAAAAUAGCUCGAUAACUCCCAUCCGCGAAGCUUAUUUGGCGCAGGAUGCACACAACUUGCUGGUAGCCGAUUGGUCCGAUAUUGCCUACAUGCCAUAUUCCAAGUCUCGUGAACUCGUGCUACCAGCGGCGAACCGUAUCGGCGACAGUUUAUUACGAUUCAUGCAACGGUUAGGCAUCGAUAACUCUCAGGUGCACGUGAUUGGCCACAGUCUCGGUGCACAUAUUGCCGGGAAUGUGGGACGAUUCUUUGACGGAAAGCUGGCGCGAGUGACGGCACUUGAUCCGGCAAAACCACGGUUUAGUCGCGAGUCGAAAGAUGCUGUCGGUCCCGAUGCUGCUCAGUUCGUUGACGUGAUCCACACGGACGGGCUUACGCUGGGUGAGGACAUAGAACGAGGACACGCCGACUUUUUCGCAAACAGCGGUAUAGCACCUCAACCCGGUUGUGAAACGCUCGACAUCGUCACACUACAUGGCUGCAGCCACUUCCGUUCAACCGCAUUCUUCGCGGAAUCGAUUCAACUCCCGAACAACUUUAUUGGCUGUGCCUGUACUCGGGAAGAAAUUUCGAAAAAAUACGAGAUCUGCCUGCCAGAUGUUCGUGAUGCAUCGUUGCGUGAGUGUGUUCCAAUGGGAGAAGCAUUACAGCCCAGGUUAGUGAGUCGGAACCGGGAAGAGUGCAGACAGGUUGGUAGUAAUUUACUGUGCUAUAAUGCUUGCUUUAUCUUCCAGUGCCCGAGGAACGUUUGACGUCCGUACAUCGAGCGCGCCUCCGUAUGGGCUUGGCUAUCAUGCGAACAGUGGGGCCAGAAUCUAAGAUGUACAGCCUCCGACACGUGCCAGACAUUCUCCUUUCCGGUCUGCAAGCGUUACAACGGUAGAGUGGGUCAGUGGGAUUAUUUCUGAAACGAAAGGUACACAUUAACUUCUCCCCAGGCUAAUCUUGUUGCUAAUGGAGGCAUUAUAGACAUGUCAAGCUAUUUUCAAACUCCUAACAAGACAUGAUGUCGUCAAUUUAGGUAAUCAAUGAACCUUCGUAUCAUCGUCGUCGUCGUUGCUACACGAAGCAGCGUACAUCCUUCUGAUGUUAGGGAAUCCAUCCCUGCAAUAUCUAUAGUUGGAGCAUUCUUCCUCUAUUCAAAUAUAGCUUUUGAUGUAAAUGAAAUGUAAGCUACUUAAUAAAUGAAUGGAAUAGCGAAAAACCGCGGAAACCUCCGUUCAAAGA